AUGACAGAUUACGGCAAAGAGCAGCGCAAUGAACUGGAGGCUCUCGAGUCCAUCUACCCCGAUUCCUUCACAGUAUUAUCAGAAAAUCCACCCAGUUUCACCAUUACUGUGACAUAUGAGGCUGGAGAAAAUGAUGAAACUGUUCAGACUACUCUCAAGUUUACAUACAGUGAAAAAUACCCAGAUGAAACUCCCCUUUAUGAAAUAUUCUCCCAGGAAAACCUAGAAGAUAAUGAUGUCUCAGAUAUUUUAAAAUUAUUAGCAGUACAGGCUGAAGAAAAUCUUGGUAUGGUGAUGAUCUUUACUCUAGUGACAGCUGUGCAAGAAAAAUUAAAUGAAAUAGUAGAUCAGAUAAAAACUAGAAGGGAAGAAGAAAAGAAACAAAAAGAAAGAGAAGCAGAAGAAGCAGAAAAGCAAUUAUUCCAUGGCUCUCCUGUUACAAUAGAGAAUUUCUUAAGUUGGAAGGCCAAGUUUGAUGCAGAACUUUUGGAAAUUAAAAAGAAACGGAUGAAAGAAGAAGAGCAAGCAGGAAAAAAUAAAUUAAAUGGGAAACAGCUAUUUGAAACAGAUCAUAAUCUUGACACAUCUGAUAUCCAGUUCUUGGAGGAUGCUGGAAACAAUGUGGAGGUAGAUGAGUCUUUGUUCCAGGAAAUGGAUGACUUGGAGCUGGAGGAUGAUGAAGAUGAUCCAGACUACAAUCCUGCUGACCCAGGGAGUGACUCUGCAGACUAAUGGGCUAUCCCCAUCUACAGAGAAGUUUGACUGCCACAGCAUCUGUGGCUAUGCCUAGAGGGUUUUCAUUUUCCUUUCUUUUUUUCUAAGAAAAAAAAAUAAUUUUCAGGAGAAUAUUCUUCUGAUCACUUUCAUCAUUGAACUUAAUAAACUGACCUUAAAUUUUCAA